AUGCAUUUAACAACAGACCCUGGGAGUUUUCACUACCCCAGCCAUACUGAAGAUUCUCUACAGUCAGCAAAUUCAUCUCACUUACUUGACACACCUAGCCCUAACAAUGCUCAGGAUCAAAAUCCUUUCCUGAACCAACAAAUGGAUGACACUGGCUCUCAGAGACCAUCCUUUCACUUAGAUCAGGUCAACCCAUCCUUCAGCCACAUUGUACAACCUCCUGCCAACCACACCCUACAACCUCCUGCCAACCACACCAUACAACCUCCUGCCAAUCACACCAUACAAUCUCCUGCCAACCACACCAUACAACCUCCUGCCAACCACACCAUACAACCUCCUGCCCACCACACCAUACAACCUCCUGCCAACCACACCCUACAACCUCCUGCCAACCACACCUUACAACCUGCAAACCACACCCUACAACCCUCUGCCAACCACACCAUACAGCCUCCUUCCAAUCACACCCUACAACCUCCUGCCAACCACACUAUACAAAUCUCCAACAGCCCAAAACACCCUAUGUAUGUUGAUGUUCAAGAAAGGAUUAACAGUUUCCUGUGUUGGCCAACCCACCACUGUCACAACCCUGUUAAUCUUGCAGAGGCUGGCUUUUUCUAUCAAGAUGUGGCAGAUUGUGUGACAUGUUUUUACUGUGGAUUAGCUUUAAGAUACUUGCAACCACAUGAUGAUAUAGUUGACAAACAUCAUCAAUAUCGGCCUCAGUGUCAGUAUGUGUUGCAAAUUCUUCAAAAACUCAGGAAAAAACUACUUAAAAGGAUCAGAAUGAAGCCGAGUGAUGGUAAUAGAAAUUCCCAUACAUUUGAAAUUUAUUUUCUUUAA